AUGCUCCACCCCAUGACCACCAAGACUAGGAAUGAUCUAGAACAGGCUCCCCCCGCGACGAUCGCCGCCCAGCAGGAAAGCGCGAUGAGAGCCCCCUCGCCUCCGGCUUUGGCGGCGGCCCUAGGGUCAUCGAUGUCCCCCGGUGCAGCCGCCGCCGCUACCGCGGCACCACCAACAAGCCAAAGCAUCCCGCCCCGGCCCAUCCCGAUCCCACCUGACCACGAAGCCCCAGCAGCGGAGAACGUUACGAGCGACAAUCCGACGCCAUCGCAACAGCUAGAGGAGGAGGAGAUGGGCCGGAGUCAGAGGGACUCGUCGUCAGGGACCGGGGACAGCGGCAGCGCCGCCGGCGUGGCCGCGGCCUCGUACGGGUCGGCGCAGUCCUCGAUGCCGCGCAACUUUAGGAUCAGCCUCGACGGGUACACGCUGCGGGCAGAUGGCGACGGCAAGUACGCCGCGUACCGCAUCAGCGUCACCGCCGGGCUACACACCUGGCUCGUGCUCCGCAGGUAUCGCCAGUUCCUCUCCCUGCACACGGCGGUAUCGGAGCACCUGAAAACGGAGGACAUGCCGCACCUGCCCGGGAAACGCCUCCUGGGGAGCAGCGUCGACCCAUCAUUCGCCGAAGCCCGGGGGCUGGCUCUCCAGGUGUAUCUUCGCCAGCUGGUGUGCGUGAGCGCGGCGUGGCGCGUGCCCCAGCUCACGGGCUUCCUGGACGAGCGCGCCUCAAUGAUGGGCGUGCAGACCCAGAUCGGGGAAGUGCUGGACCAGAUGGACCGGAUGAGCAGCCUGUGCGUGGACCUCCAGCACCAGCUGAGCCUUUCUCAGAUGCAGGUGCAGGGCCAGAACGAGCUGAUAGAAAACCUGUGCCGCAGGCUUCAGCAGGUGGAGCAAGACAAUGCAGCCCUCUCUACAGCAGCAGCCGCAGCGGAGGCGGCAGCAGCGGAGGCGGCAGCAGCGGUAUCCGCCGGUGAUAAUGGCGUUACAACUACAGCGGCGGCGGCAACUGGAGCGGAAGAGGGAGCAGCAGCAGCAGCAGCAGGAGCAGCGGCCGCCGACCCCGCCGCCGCUCCGCCGAGGAGACGGGCGUCGACGGGGCCAACCAUGUACGGCGGCUCGUACAAUAGCGGGGGCGCAGACCAGACGGCGGCGUACAGCCUCGGUUCGGGCCCCGGGAUCAUGCGGCGGAUGAGCUCGAUCUCUUUUACUACCGGCGGCAUGGCGGGGUCGGCCGCAGCCGGGUUCGGGGGGACGUCGGUCCCCUCGGCGGCCAUCGACAUGUCGGACUUGAACAAUCUGGUGAAGCGCGUGGAGAGCGCCAAUCAGCUGGCGAUGAAGGUGGACAGCGACGACGAGGACGACGCCGUCGACAAGCUCCUCGAGCACCAGCACCAGAUGAUGAUGCGCUCGUCCUCCUCCUACUCGCUCGCCUCCAACCCAGACGCCGGCAUGCAGCGCCUGGACCGAAAAGAGUCGAACGAUUUCUUCUACAUGGGCAGCAUCGAUGCGGGAGGGAGCACCCAGCUUCCAGGGGAAGAGGACACGCAAGAAUCGUCCCCGGACGUUGCAAUCGGCGAGGUCGCCGACGGGGACAGCAGGAGAGGUCGGAACGCCGCCGUGCCGAUCACCAUCCCCGUUCCCGAGGGGUCGAUGCCUUCCAAGGUGUGGGAGAGACUUCAGAAGGGGGGUUCGCUGAUGGGAGACCCGGAGGAGAGGAUGAUGGCAGAGGGGCAGGACGGGAACACCCCUGGCUCCGGGACGGAGAUCUCCCGCUCCAUGUUCGGCCUGUCCAGCCCACCCCCCCCCCCACUUGGCGCACCGCCGAACGCCCCCCGCUGGCCGUCCUCCCUGGCGGCAGUGUUCGGCGGCGGCGGCGGCGGAGGCAACAAUGACAGUGCCGGUACCGUUGCCCUCUCCACCGGUCCUGAUGCCUCGGGCGGCGGCGGUAGCGGUAGCACCGCGAUGGUGCCCGCUGGCGGAGUCGGCGGAGGGGGUCUGUCGGACAUUGAGGAGAUCGCCCUGCCGAUGGACAUCCUGCCGAGCAACAAGCAGCCGCUGGCGAUCGACCGCAGGGUGGACGACCUGCUUAGGCUGCUCAGGCCGGCGCCGAGGGCGGAGGGGUACCGCAGGAGCGUUUUUCGGUUCGUGACGAGACAGGUAAAGCGGGCUCUGGGGGCCCAGUGCUUCCCGGUGGGGGGGUACGCUAUCCAGGCUUACCUGCCCGACGAGGAGGUGGGCAUCUCGGCUUUCCUGUGCCACGGCCAGGAGAAGAGCUGGUUCGUGCGCUUAAACGAGACGCUCUGCAAGGUUUCCAGUGAGGCUUCCGAGGAGACGGAUGCGGAGGAGGGGCCGGGGACAAGCGUCGGGGGUUGCCCCGAAAAAAUCACGGCCGUCGGCGAGGGGGCUACGCCGAAGCAGGAGGGGGGGGGUGGCGGCGCCGCAGUCAGGAAGGAGGACGGGUACCGCCACCGUCUGAGCAACGUGAACUUCAUCAAUAUGGGCCGCGUCCAGAAGAUCAAGUGCGUGGUGGACAACCAGGUGGCGGUGGACAUCGGCGCUAACCAGGUCGGGGACAUAGCCACCGUGGCCCUGCUGGAGGAGACCGACCAGCUGCUCGGGAAGGACCACCUGUUCAAGCGGAGCCUCCUCCUCAUCAAGUCUUGGUGGGUGUACGAAAGCCGAGCGUACACGGGGAGCAACAUGCUGUCGAGGAUCACGGAGUCAGCUCUCGCCACCAUGGUGCUCGCCGUGGUCAACCAGCACCACGCCAGGCUGCACACUCCGCUGCAGGUGAUGGCGGUGUUCUUCCAUAUGCACAGCCACUUCGACUGGAGCCGCUACUGCUGGUGCAUCGAGGGGCCCCGCAGGCUGGACACCUUGCACACCAACAGCAACUCGGCCUCCGCUACCGCUGCCGACCUCGCGUCGAACAGCAACCACGGCGAGGGUUCCACCGCAGCCGCGGUUAUCGGGGAGGGGGAGGUGUGCGGAUCGGCGGAGGCGGUUGGAGGCCUGGCCGAGGGCCCGGCGCCGCUCCUGCUCUCCCAGGCAAGGAAGAAUACUGAAGUCCUCAACCGCUACCGCCUGCGCCAGACGGGGAGGGGCAGGAACCACGGCGGAAGCACCGGCGGCGGCGGUGCCCAGCGCCACCACCACCAACAGACCGCCGGCAGCGGCGGCAGGAAGUCUCCUCAGGUCGGAGGGACGGGCGCCCAGUCGACGGGGGAGCCGGGAGAGUCGAUGGCGGGAGCGGCCGGUGUUGCUUCGGUGCGCGGGGCGGAUGGCGGUAAGGAGGAUAGUGUGGUGGUGGGAGCGGGGGCGGCGGCGGGGGCCGGGGCGGGGGCCGGGGAGAAGAAGAAGCUGUUCCCGAUCCGCAACAUGAACGUGAUGAACCCGCUGGACAGCAGCGACAACCAGAUAGACGAUACGGUAAACCGGCGGAGGGCGGCUCGCAUGCACAGCCUGCUGCAGAUGGGGGCACGGCAGCUCCGACCCGUCCUGAUGCACUUGAGGCGCGAAGUGACCAAGGCGCAGCGUGGCCAGCCGGACCCACCGCACCCGGCCCACCUUCACACAAGCAGCGUGGCGAUGCUGGAGACCUUCUUCGCACUCAGCUGGGCGAGGUUCGGGCAGGGGUGGAGGCCGGACGUGCCGCCCCACCUGGACAGGGAUCACGCGGCCCACGACAAUAUCCCCUGGCCCAUGCACGGCCACGAUUACAACUUCUUCGAUGGAGGAAAAGGCGGCCCGGACGCGGCGUUGCUGAGGGAUGCCGCCACCGGCAGAGGUCGUGUCGAGGGAGGGGAUGAAGGAGGAGGAGGGGACGGGGCGCUUGCGGUGGUGGAGAGGGAUGGGCCGAGCGGGGGGAGUAGCAAGAAGCGCGACCCUUUCCAUGUGGACCUCCAGAGCGUGCGCGACUCUGUGAAGUACUGCUGCUUCCUCCUCGACGCGGAGGUGACCGACAGCGCGCUACUGGCACUGUCCAAGGAGAUACUCUCGGACAAGGGCUCGUUGCCGGUGGGCGAGAUCGGCAAGCUCCUGCAGGAAGCCACGGCAAACGCCUCCCUCAGCCAGACCCUCAAGGACCAGUUUGGGGGCCUCAAGAAGUUCCUCGAGAAGUACCCUGGGGAGUUCGUGAUAGCUGGGGACCACCCUUUCAACCCGCACGUGUACCUCAAGUCCGCGCUCACCGCCGAGGAGCUUGACAUCGUCAUGCAUGGGGGCACCGUGGUCCAGGUCGGUUCCGGCGGGGGGUCGGGGGCCGGUGGCGGCGGCGGUGGCGGGGGUGUGAAAAAGCACAAGAGCAAGUCCGGCAGGCGCCGUUCUGCGGCGAACAAGCAGGGCGUUCAGCAGCAGCAGCAGCAGCAGCAUAUCCAACAACAGCAACAGCAGCAGAUUAGGGAGGAGCAGCAGCACCAGCGAGCGCUGAACAACUCCAUGUAUCGCCAGCAGCAACAGCAGCACGAGGCGAUGCACGGCAUCAUCCCCAACGGACGGCACGAGAGCAGCAACGGCAACCCGCCCAUGCUCUCCCACCGGGAGCGGCAGCUGCAGCUGCAGCAGCAGCAGCAGCAGGGCAUGCUCCGUCAGGGGAUGGGGAGGGGUGGCGGUGGCGGCGGCGGUGGCGGCCGCGGUAUGACCCUCACUCAACAGCAGCAGCAGCAGCAGCAGCAGCAGCAGCAGCAGCAGCAACUCCAGCCCUCGCAGCUCCCGCCGCACGGCAGAUCCGGCUUGGCCUCGUUGGUUCCGCCUCCCAGGAUUCCCUCCAGGCCGCCCUCCAUGCAGCAGCAGCAGCAGAGGCAGCAAAGGCAGCACCUUUCGCCUCCCCCCGGCCAGCGGGAGCAAGGCGGCCGGCGACACCUCCAGCAGCAGCAGCACCAGCACGAGGAUGCCCUCUCGGCGCUCUACCUCCACCAGCCGCCUGACAGUCUCACCGCGACAACCGUAGACAUGUUCCGUGGCGACGGCGCAGGCGGGGGGGGUACGCAGAGGAGAGUCGGAAUGGAACCAGGGGGUGGGAACCUCGGCCCCCUCGGGGCGGUGGGCGCUGGUGGGAACGGGCAGGACUAUGAGCCGAGGGAAUCGCGGCUUAACUCGGAUCACGACCGGCAACUACAGCAGCAGAUUUCAGGGCUUGGGGGCGCCCUGGCUCAGCAGCGGCAGCGGGACCGGCAGCGGGACCGGCAGCAGCAGCCGCGUGGUCGCAGUGUGGUGGUCGGAGGAGGGGGAGGAGAUCUGAACGCCAUGUGGGACGACCUCCAGGCGGAGCGCGCGCUUCCCCACGCCAAGAAGCUCCAGAACCAGCAACAGAUGGGCGGCGCCGUUGUGCGGAACGAUCCGCGGCUCGAUCAACGCCUAGACCCCUGGGGGGACCAAGGCAGCAACAACAGCGGCAAUAACAGCCACCCCCGCCACGACCAGCAGCUCCAGGGCAGUGGCGCCCUGUCGGGGCUAGGCAUCGAUCCUCAGCGGCUCGGUGGCUUUGGCGGGGGCCUCUCGGAAGCCGCCCCGUCUCCCCCCCGCGGGCUCCUGUUCAAGACCCUCCAGUCACAGCAGCAGCCACCGCCACCGCCGAAGCCGCAGCAGGGCGUCUCUCGGUUCGGGUCCUCCGGGUUGGACGGCUUCCUUGGCGGCAUGCCGCCGCCGAGGGACGACUCCCUGUUCUAUGACUAGCCCGCCCCCUGGUCGGACUCAUGAGAAUGAUAGUUGCAGAGGGAGGUGCGCUUGUUCAGGUGCCGGUGUUGCAACUUGUUGUGGCGUCGGGAUUGGAGGAGAGGCUGGACGGGGUGAAGGUUAGCGGGAGCCGGGGAGAGGAGCGUCCGAGCGAAACGCCGAACGCGUUGAUGGACGUUGAGGCCAAUGACCGUGUUCGCCGUCCGAGGCGUGUGGCGUUAUUCUAUACGCCCAGGCGCCUUGCCUGAUCGUCCUCGCUCAACUUUUUUUGUUGUUGUUUUAGACCUUAUGGAAAAUUUAAUGGUGCUAUGAAAACGUGAGAGGUAAAAUGCUGCAUGCCACUAGAGAAGGGAAGGGUGUGAUGUGGGGGUACUGGCGCCUAAUGCUUCGCGAGAGCUAUAACGAUGUACUGACUGGAUUGGAUGUCUCGGUAGACUUCAAACACUAUGCGCAGGGGUCGGGGGGUGGUGGUUUCUGAUUUGCUGUCGAGCUUGGAGCUUGCCAACAGUAGAGUUAGACGGGAGACGAAUACCAUUGCAGGAGUACAGCAGCGCUUCGAGAUAGACAAGCCUGCGGAGUAUGUAGCGACGUCGCCUUUGGUCGAGACCUGAACUUGUCAAGGUUGUGUUGUUUGACAGGCGAAAGGAGCUUGGGGAUCCCAGUCCAGGAAGGGAAAUGAUCGUGUUGUAAGGUACUGAGCUGUUGCACCGUUUUGCCCAAGGCACGAGAUCGAGACAAAAAUAUCGCACUCCAGGCUCUCUGUGGGCGGGGGGUCUAGGGGAGAUUUUCUUGAGCACUGUAUGGUACGUGUUGACGUGGCGUAUUUUUUUUUUUAGUGAGGACUUCAUAGUGGUACACGUGUGUUCUGUGCUUCUUUUGACAGGAGGGAGGGGGACGGGCAGGGGGGGGGGGCGGCCGCAUUAAGCAUGCCUUGAACAUUUUUGCCGACACANGGGGGGGGGGGGGGGGGGGGGGGGGGGGGGGGGGGGGGGGGGGGGGGGGGGGGGGGGGGGGGGGGGGGGGGGGGGGGGGGGGGGCGGCCGCAUUCAGCAUGCCUUGAACAUUUUUGCCGACACACCACGCACUCCCUGCAGGAGGUCGGAAUAUUUUGUCAUUGGAAGUUACAUGCAUGGUAAGGGGGUGGCGUGCAAUCUUGGCGGGGGCUUGGCGGGUGCUUGCCGAUGACUCCCUCGCGUCCGUGGCACGUGGAGCUAAGCGUAUUGUUUUGGUGGACAUCUCCGGGGUUUCCGCGGACAACGGUGUUGUCGUUUUCUGUACAAUUGCGCACUGCGUUGUUGGUGAAGGAAGAGGAAGGAGCGGCCUCUCUGCUCUUCUGUAUGUCGUGCGAACGUCGCAAAAAACGGUACACACACACAACGCGUGGGUGUAAAACGCGUGUUUUUUUGUUCGUUUUGUUUGCCGAGGUUUUGGUGCGGUGUUUCUUCUCUUUCCGUUGGGGGCGCACGUUUCUAUCACGCACCACAUGAGUUGGAAGAUAAACGAAGCUCACGAAACCGCGAUGGCCGGAUGCUGAAGGCACGCGUUCGGCACGCUUGUUUUUGGCACGAGUCUAGCUCUGGGUACAGCGACAGGCGUCCUAGUUUCUAUGACGGUAUGCGUUUAUUUGCAGAUAUCAUUCAAUUUUUGAAGAGAAAAGGGUUUUGGUUCAUGAUAUCGGUGCUGGAGAUGAGUCGUCCUCCCCGUCUGGCGGGCGGGCUUAAGUCUUGCGAGAGCCGCUGCAGAUUGGGGGGAAUGGGAGGGGUGGGGGGGUCGGUAGCUGUGCCGCACCGCGUGGUUGUGGGAUACGUACUUUUUAAAUAUUCGUCGGGAGAGGGGCUUGGACGUCCCGCACGCCCACGUGCAGUAUGACAUGCGAUCAUCAUCAAAACCGAUUUUAGCUUGGAGUCGGGAAGACGACAGUACAGCGAGGAUUGUGGAUUAUUUGUGGUGCAAUGUUCGGACUGCACGCAGAAAAAGACUUGAGUCCAGUCUAUUCUGUCUCCAGACGAGAAGGAAGGACGUU